UAGCGAUCGCCUAGGGUUUGUAGGGCUUUUUAGGGUUUACGAGCAGCAGCGAUGGCGGAGGUCGCCCUCCCAUACCGCUACGAUCCACAGCCGUCGUCGCCGCAGCAGCAGCCACCCAGGCCUGGCUUGAACAUCGACUGGUCGCAGGUGAAUCUCGAUGAGAUUCAGCUCCCUCCGGGCGAGGAUUUUGGAAUCAAGAGUGAGGAUGAAGAGGAGGAGGAGGAGAUUGUGGAGAGCGAGUCUGGUUUCGGGAGCAUAAUUGUCGUAGACAAUCUCCCGGUGGUGGAGCCUGCCAAGUAUGAGAAGCUCGAAAACGUGGUACGCAAGAUUUUUGGACAAAUGGGAAUUAUUAGAACGCUCUUCAUGCCGAAAGACAAAGCGACUGGCAAAACGUCGGGCUUUGCUUUCAUCGAGUACUCCAGUCCCCAGGAGGCCCAUACCGCUCGGGAUCAAGCCGAUGGGUAUAAGCUCGACAAAUCUCACGUCUUUAUGGUGAGGAUGUUCGAUGACAUUGACAAGUACAUGAAAGUUCCUGAGCAGUGGGUAGCUCCAGAGAUCAAGAGCUACGUGCCAGGGGAGAAUCUUCUCGAAUGGCUGAUGGACGAGAAAGGACGCGAUCAAUUUGUGAUACGAUUUGGCACGGAGACAGAGGUGUGCUGGAACGAUGCCCGUCUGUUGAAGGCCGAGACGGCAUAUCAUCGAUCGUUCUGGACGGAAAGCUUUGUUCAAUGGUCUCCCCUUGGGACGUAUCUCGCAACAAUUCAUCGGCAAGGUGCUGUCAUAUGGGGUGGAUGCACUAACUUUAGCCGGAUCACUCGAUUCAUUCACCAACAGGUGCGGCUAAUUGACUUCUCCCCAUCCGAAAAGUUCCUCGUAACGUACAGCAGCCACGAACCAAGCAAUCCCCGCGAAACACAAAAAGUAGUGCUUAACGUUUUCGACGUACGAAGUGGUAAAUCGCACCGAGAAUUCAAGGGCAGCGCCGACGAGUUUGCUACUGGUGGGACUGGAGGUGUUGCCGGAGUGUCUUGGCCAGUGUUCAGGUGGUCUGGCGGCCGUGAUGACAAGUAUUUUGCGCGUAUAGGAAAGCACUGUAUAAGUGUUUACGAGACAGAGACCAUGGGUUUACUGGACAAGAAGUCGCUGAAAGUUGACAAUGUUAUAGAUUUUAGCUGGUCACCAACCGAUUCAAUUCUGGCCCUUUUUGUCCCAGAAGGCAACGGUGGCAAUCAGCCUGCGAGGGUUAGCCUGGUUCAAAUUCCUGGCAGGGAAGAACUGAGGCAGAAGAACCUUUUCAGUGUCAGUGACUGCAAGAUGUACUGGCAAAGCAACGGAGACUAUCUAGCAGUCAAAGUUGAUCGGUAUACAAAGACGAAGAAGAGCACGUAUACCGGUUUUGAGCUCUUCCGGAUCAAAGAACGCGACAUUCCUAUCGAGGUCUUGGAGCUUGAGAACAAAAACGACAAGAUUAUCGCCUUCGCAUGGGAACCAAAGGGCCACCGAUUCGCCAUCAUUCAUGGAGAUGGUCCUCGUCCCGACGUAACGUUCUACUCGAUGAAGAGCCCAAACAACGUGGACCGUGUAACCAAGCUUGCCACGCUCAAAGGAAAGCAGGCAAAUGCUCUCUACUGGUCGCCUGCGGGGCGCUUCAUUGUGCUGGCGGGUCUCAAGGCGUAUAACGGGCAGCUCGAGUUCUACAAUGUUGAUGAUCUCGAGACUAUGGCAACGGCAGAGCAUUUCAUGGCAACUGAUGUGGAUUGGGAUCCCGCUGGAAGAUAUGUGGCUACUUCUGUUACUUCCGUGCACCAAAUGGAGAACGGCUUCAUUAUCUGGUCUUUCCAUGGGAAGCUGAUAUACAAGGUUUCAAGGGACAGAUUCUUCCAGUUCUUGUGGCGCCCCAGGCCUCCAUCUCUCCUUAGUAGCGAAGAGGAAGCCGAGAUUUUUAGGAACUUGAAACAGUAUUCCAAGAGGUAUGACCAAGAGGACAUAGAAUCGUCGAGGUUCCACAGCACCCAGGAGUUGGAGCAGAGGAGGAAGCUGAUUGAGGAGUGGAACGGGUGGCUGUCUUCGUGGAAGCAAAUGCACGAGGCGGACAAGCCUUACCGGCAGGAUCUUCGUGAUGGCGAGCCCAGCGACGACGAGCAGGAGUACGAAGACGAAGAGGUCGAGAUUGAGGAGGUGAUCGACGUGGAAGAGAUCAAGGAAGAGGACCUUGAGGCGUAAAAUCAUAAUUGCGUUUAUUGUUGAGUGAGGAAUAUACCUAUAUCUAGGUAUAUUCUAGGCAUUUAAUUUCGACCUUUACAAGUGUAUUGAUAGGGGUGGCGGGGAUGCAUAUACUUUGGUAUCCCAGGUACCCUUAUCUAAAUCAAACGAAAAGAAUGCUUUA